AUGCGUGCGAGGUGGCUGCGAGUGCUCCAAAUGCUGCUCGGACUGUGGCUGACGCUGGCGAAUGCGCGUCUGCUGAAGUUCACCAAUGUCAAGUGCCUGGAGCUGCCGACGAAUGCGGGCUUCAGCAGGUACGAGUACUGCCGGCUGAAGGUGGUGCGGCGCAACCAGGUGGAGCUCUCGCUGAAGGUCAGCCUGCUGGAGCUGCCGAUCACGAACCUGACCACACGGCUGCAGUGCUUCCAGCGCACGGACGGCUAUCGUCCGUUCGUCUUUAACAUACUCUUCGACUUCUGCAAGCUGAUGUCCGCCCGCAAGUAUCGUCUCUCGUUCGAGAGAUUCAUCUUCGAUGCCAUCCGGCAGCACAGCAACUUUAAUCAUUCGUGUCCCUGGAAGGAGGAUCACAUGAUCGUCGAGCGAUACGCCUUGGACUUUGCCAAGGUGAACAUGCCCGUGCCGGCGGGCGUCUAUCGGCUGGACUUUACCUUCUACGCCUACGGCAUAGCGCGCACCUUGACGCAGGUCUUCUUCGAGAAACUGGAAUAGGGUCCGUUAAAAUAGGUUAUGUCCGGCGUACACACGCUCUACACACACCCCACAAAAUGGCGAUAUUCGAUUCGAUUCAAUGCAGAAGUUAAUUUCA